AUGAGUUUCCACGAAGUCCAGCGGUUACUACUCCUGAUGAAUGUGGAAAUGGAGGAAGAACAUGCCUUUCAGCUUUUCCAGGCAGCAGACACGUCCCAAUCUGACACUCUGGAAGGAGAAGAAUUUAUAGAGUUCUAUAAGGCAUUGACUAAGCGUAUUGAGGUGCAGGAACUGUUUGGAAACUUUUCGGCUGAUGGGCAAAAGCUGACCCUGUUGGAAUUUGUGGAUUUCCUUCAAGAGGAGCAGAAAGAAGGAGAGCAUGCUUCUGACCUUGCUCUGGCACUCAUUGACCGUUAUGAGCCUUCAGAAAGUGGCAAGCUGCGGCAUGUGCUGAGCAUGGAUGGCUUCCUCAGUUACCUCUACUCAAAGGACGGAGACAUCUUCAAUCCAUCCUGCCUCCCCGUCUACCAGGAUAUGACUCAACCCCUGAACCACUACUACAUCAACACCUCUCACAACACCUACCUGGUGGGGGACCAGCUUUAUGGCCAGAGCAGCGUCGAGGGAUAUAUACGGGCCCUGAAGCGAGGGUGCCGCUGUGUGGAGGUGGAUGUCUGGGAUGGACCUAAUGGGGAGCCUGUUGUUUACCAUGGACACACCCUGACCUCCCGCAUCCUGUUCAAAGAAGUCGUGGCCACUUUAAAACAGUAUGCCUUCCAGACAUCAGACUAUCCAGUCAUCUUGUCCCUGGAGAACCACUGCACCUGGGAACAGCAGGGGAUCAUAGCACAGCAUCUGACCGAGAUCCUGGGGGAACAGCUGCUGAGCACCACCUUGGAUGGGCACCUGCCCAGUCAGCUGCCCUCACCUGAGGAGCUUCGGAAGAAGAUUCUGGUGAAGGGGAAGAAGUUACAAACGCUUGAGGAGGAUCUUGAAGAAGAGGAAGAGGCAGAGUCUGAAGUAGAAGGGGAGGAGGAGCCUGAGCUGGAAUCCCAGUUUGAGUCUGAGAUCCAGGAGCUGAGCCCUCGCAGCAAAGACAAAAAUGAGAAGAAAUCCAAGGCCAUCUUGUGUCCAUCCCUCUCUGCCCUGGUUGUCUAUACAAAGACUGUUUCAUUCUACAACUUCGCUCAUUCGAGGGAGCACUACCGCUUUUAUGAGUUAUCCUCUUUCUCUGAAACAAAGGCCAAGAACCUCAUCAAGGAGACUGGCAACGAGUUUGUGCUGCAUAACGCCUGGCAGUUGAGCCGUGUGUAUCCCAGUGGUCUGAGGACAGAUUCAUCCAACUACAACCCCCAGGAAUUCUGGAAUGCAGGCUGCCAGAUGGUGGCUAUGAAUGUGCAGACUGCGGGGCUUGAGAUGGACAUCUAUGAUGGGCUUUUCCGCCAGAAUGGUGGCUGUGGCUACGUGCUGAAGCCAGACUUCCUACGUGAUUCCCAAAGUUCCUUCCAACCGGAGAGGCCCAUCAGCCCGUUCAAAGCCUGCACCCUCCUCAUCCAGGUGAUCAGUGGUCAACAACUCCCCAAAGUGGACAGCACCAAAGAGGCAGCCAUUGUGGAUCCACUGGUGAGAGUGGAGAUCUUUGGUGUUCGCCCAGACACAGCCCGGCUGGAGACCAGCUACGUGGAAAAUAAUGGCUUUAAUCCGUACUGGGGGCAGACACUGUGCUUCCAGUUGCUGGUGCCUGAGCUGGCCAUGCUGCGUUUUUUGGUGCUGGAUUACAACUGGAGAUCCCGAAAUGACUUCAUCGGCCAGUACACCUUGCCUUGGUCCUGCAUGCAACAAGGUUACCGGCACAUCCACCUGCUCUCCAAGGAUGGCACCAGCCUCCACCCAGCCUCCCUCUUCGUGCACAUCUGCACGCAGGAAGGGCUGAGGGAGGAGGCCGGAUCUUAA